AUGGCAUCGACAGUAUUUCUUGUUAUAGAACUUUUAGCUAUUAUUUUAUAUUCAUUUCUUACAUUGAUAUGUAUGAUUUCAUUUUGGAAAUCUUUUCAAAGAAAAGAAUCAGCUAUAAUAUCUAGAGUAAGAUCAUCAUCAACUUUUUGCUUCUGUUUCUUAACUAGAGCAAUCAUAUUUUUGUAUAAUCCAAUCACAGGAAAGUUUAUGAAUGACGAAAUGUUUUUGACUCUUGGUUAUUUCGUACCAGACAUCAUCCCAACACUAUUACAGGUUUAUAUUUGGCACAGCAGAAUGAGAAAUGAAGAGGAGGACUCAACAUUUAUCAAUUCACUUUACGAAAAUGAAAUGGACGAGGAUACACCAACACCAACUCCAGUCAACGAUCAAAUGAUUCUCUUAUCGGAAUCUUCUCCUUUAGUUAUAAAGUACGAUUAUUAUUGA